UUGUCCAAGAAGCUAGGGGUGGUACAGAAGAAGCACGAUACAGUCCAGGGUCAGCUUCGUGAAGCUGAGAUUCAGAAUGACGCAUUGCAGAAAGAUGUGGAAGGGUUGCGCGGCGGCAAACAGGCUGACCAUGAGAAGGCGAAGAAGCUGAACGACGAUCUGCAACUUGCACGUGACGAAAACGCGAAACUCGUCAAGCAGAUGGAGUCACUUAAGGAGGAUAACAUGAAACUACGCAGUGAGGUAGCUGAACUUCAGGGAAAGCUGUCAUCCCAAAAUAGAGUAAUCGUUAAUGAAAAGGCUGAAAUUCGAGACGAAAAGAAGCAGGAACCUCUACCCCCUCCUAUGAAAGAGAAAAAAACAAAUGAGAAGGCGAUCGCAGACGACAUAGGGCUCAAGAAGGCCAUGGGCAACUUGCAGAAAUCACAAGUGGAUUCACCAAAAUUCGCUGUAGACAAUAACGCGGUCGACAACGAUGAGAUGAAGAACGUGCUUAGGAAACCGGAAAUAAGCGACAAAGAUGUGCAUCAGCGAGCCGCAGCGCUGCAGGCCCCGUUUGACAAUGACGUAAAGGCACUGAAAAAGAGGGACGACGAUAUCGACGUAGCCGACAAGGAUGAGCAGGUGGAUGGCGAUGGAGCAGAGAUUCAGCAAAAGCCGGUGGAUCUUUUAUUCGAUGUUAAAAAAGACACCGCUGUGUCGAGCUGCGUAGCGGAACAAACGUGCGACACACUUGGCGGAUGCAGCGAGGUAAAACGAAGAACUCGAACGGGUCGAAAGGGCGCCUAUUACCGCAGGUCGAUCGAUGGGGCAGGACUUUUGCCUUAG